AUUUUAUGAACUGAUCUCGCACUGGACCCGUCUCAUCAAGCGAUCUUCUCUCUUUUUAUAAACUACAAUGAGUCGUCCAGAAAACGUCGGUAUAAAAGGAAUUGAAGUCUACUUCCCAAAGAGAUGCAUCUCAGAAACUGAUUUAGAACAAUUUGAUGGUGUAUCUGCUGGAAAGUACACAAUUGGAUUUGGACAACAAUACAUGGCAUGCUGUGAUGACAGAGAAGACAUCAACUCAUUUGCGUUGUCUGCUGUCUCUGGUCUUCUCAAGAAGUACAAUGUUGACCCAAAGAACAUUGGUAGAUUAGAAGUCGGUACUGAAACCAUAAUCGACAAGUCAAAGUCAACUAAGACCGUACUUAUGGAUCUUUUCAAAGAAUCUGGUAACACUGACAUUGAAGGUAUUGACACCAAGAACGCUUGUUAUGGUGGUACUUCAGCACUUUUCAAUGCAGUAAACUGGGUUGAAUCAUCCAGCUGGGAUGGUAGAGACGCUAUCGUCGUCGCUGGUGAUAUUGCCAUCUACGCUGAAGGUUCAGCUAGACCAGUCGGUGGUGCCGGUUGUGUUGCUAUGCUCGUUGGUCCAAAUGCACCAAUUGUUCUUGAACCAACUCACGGCACUUACAUGACAAACGCAUGGGACUUCUACAAACCAGAUCUCAACUCUGAAUACCCAGAAGUAGAUGGACCACUCACAAUUGACUGUUACUUCGGAUCACUCGACAACUCAUACGAUGCAUACCGUGAAAAGUACGCAAAGCGUACACAAACCAAGAAGGAAGAUGUCAAGGGAGAUAACUUUGACUACAUUGUCUUCCACUCACCAUACGGCAAGUUGGUACAAAAGGGUCAUGCAAGACUUACCUACAAUGACUUCGUUUCAAGCCCAAGUUUGUCCAAAUUCGAAGGUAUUGACCAAGCCAUCGCCUCAGUACCACGUGCUAAGACUUACUUUGACAAGGCUAUUGAAAAGACUUUCAUGACCGUAGCCAAGGAUUCUUACGCUAAGCAAGUUGAACCAUCAUCAACCACCUGCAAGCGUCUCGGAAACAUGUACACUGGAUCACUCUAUGGUGGUUUAGCUUCCCUCGUCUCAAACGUCGAAUCAACUGAGUUGCAAGGAAAGAGAGCAGGUAUGUAUUCUUACGGAUCAGGUUGCGCAGCUUCCUUCUUCGCUGUCAAGUUUGUUGGUUCAACAAAGGAGAUCGCCGAUGCUAUUGACUUGCAUAAGCGUCUUGACUCAAUGAAGGUCGUUCCAGUCACUGAAUACGUCUCAUCCCUUAAGACCCGUGAAGAGAACCACAAUGCUAAGUCAUACAGUCCAAAGGGAGAUGUAGACAACAUUUGGGGUGGUGCAUACUAUCUCGACAACAUUGACGAGAAAUACCGUCGUCAUUACAAGCAAGCACCCCUCGCUUAAAUUGAUAACUGCAAUGCAGAAAUAAAUGCCCACCCUUGAUAGAAAAUUAAUUGUUUAGAUAACAUUGUAUUUAGCAGUAUUCCAUUGUUUAGGAUUGUUUAACCUUUUUGUGUUGUGAAACAAGAGACGUUAUGGCAAAUACAAUAUUUUCUGACCGACAAAGAACGAACGUAUUGAUAUAACUAAUUUUAGAAACAAAGGAUAUAGACAAAUGAAACCAGUUCAAGUCCGUGUUAA